AUGGUUAAACAACGACGUACGUUUUUUGUCGAUGAUAUUUUACAUAUGGUCAUGCCAAUGACAAAAUCGAACAAUUGUUCCAAAGAUAAUCAUGAUCGUAAACGUAAACAAUCGGUUACAUCGGAAGAUGACAAUCGGGAAGAAGAAGAUGAGAGUACCGAAGAAAAUAUAUCCAAUAAAAAGUUUCGAUCAUAUGCUCAUGAAGAAGAGGCGAAUGAUGAUGAUGACGACGACGACGAUGAUAAUGACGAAUCGAAGCAUUCACGAAUCGUCGAUGUGCUCGGCGAUGGAGCAACGGGAGAAGAAUCAUCCAAUAGUGACGAUAGCAAUAGCGUGGGGAAUAAUAGUGAUGGUGAUUUAUGUGCAUCGAGUUCAUGUUUAGCAGCAAUUAAUCUUCGUAAGAAUAAGAAACAACGUAAACCACGAACAGCGUUCACCGAUGCUCAAUUGAAUGCGCUAGAGAAAAGUUUUGAACGACAAAAAUAUCUUAGUGUACAAGAACGAUUAGAAUUAGCUAAUCGACUUCAUCUUUCAGAUACACAAGUUAAAACAUGGUAUCAAAAUCGAAGAACGAAAUGGAAACGACAAGCCUGCUUGGGUUUGGAGUUAUUUGCUGGUGCCACAUUGCAACGUUGGAUUCAACGACAACCACAUUUACUAGCUGCCGCUGCUGCCGCUUAUCGGCCGCCAGGAGAUCUAGCCAACGCUAUUGGUCCGUUCGGUUCAGCACUUUUGAGUGAAGCUAAAGCAGCAGCUGCUAAUCCAACUACGCAUAUGUUUUCUCCAUCGUCUCUCACAGUGCACCGUCAAGAAUGA